CUUCAAGCAGGCACAUCACACACACGUCCCGGCGCCCAAGCAGAAACGCGCGUGCGUGUUCGAUCGAAGAGUAGCAACUAGCUAUAGCAAUGGCGCACCACGCAUCGCCGACUUCCCUGAAGCGCAAGUGCCCUGAAAAUGAUCGCGAGGAGACGUCCGGCAUGUGCGCCAACAACGGAUGCGGCUACUUCGGCGCCGCCGCCACCGGCAACAUGUGCUCCAAGUGCUACAAGCAAGAACAGGUCAUCGCCGCCUAUGACAACACGGCCGCGGACAGCGUCUUCAUCCCUGCAGCUUCGGAGAAGAAGGCCAAGGCGAUCGUCUCCGUCGCGUCCUCUGACGGUGCUGAGCCAUCCUUGGCGUCCACGAAGCAGCCGACGCCGGCGACGAACCGGUGCGCGACGUGCCGCAAGAAGGUGGGCAUGCUGGGGUUCCGGUGCCGCUGCGAGGGCACCUUCUGCAGCGUCCACCGCUACUCCGACAAGCACGAUUGCGGCUUCGACUACAAGACGGCCGGCCGGGAGAAGAUUGCCAAGAACAACCCCAUGGUCGUUGCCGACAAGAUCGCCACGAGGAUCUGAAGCCCAGGAGAUCGCUCAACGAUAUUUUUAGAGCAAAUUGAACAGCUCGUAAUUAGUGGUUCUUGACGAGGAUAGAAUAGAAUUGAUGUUUUCUGUAUUUUGCCUGUUCGUCCACUGAUAAUUAACUUCGAACAUCGAUAUCUGG